GGCGCACUCGGAGCGCAGCAGCUCGGGGCGUGGUUGGGGCGUCGCCCGUCGGGCGGGAAGGCGGAAGGACUUUGGACCGUGAGCUCCUGGUUCUCACCCACGAGAUUCCGCAGCCCCCUGACCCCGCACUCCCGGGAUUGCAGCAUGGAGGCCGGGCUGCUGUGGUUCUGCAACUGGAGCACGCUGGGCGUUUGCGCCGCACUCAAGCUGCCGCAGAUCUACGCGCAGUUGGCGGCGCGCAGUGCGCGGGGCAUCAGCCUCCCCAGUUUACUUUUGGAGCUGGCGGGGUUCCUGGUCUUCUUUCGCUACCAAUGUUACUAUGGGAACCCGUUGCUCACCUACCUGGAAUACCCCAUUCUCAUCGCACAAGACAUCGUCCUCCUGCUCUUUGUCUUCCACUUCAAUGGGAACGUGAAGCAGGCCUUGCCCUACAUGGCCGUAUUUGUGUCAUCCUGGUUCAUCCUCAGCCUGCAGAAAUGGAUCAUCGACCUGGCCAUGAACUUAUGCACUGUCAUCAGUGCGGCCAGUAAGUUUGCCCAGCUCCAGUAUCUGUGGAAGGUGCAAGACUCGGAAGCUGUGAGUGCACUGUCCUGGGGCCUCUCUGCCUACACCUGUGCAACACGAAUAAUAACAACUUUAAUGACCACCAAUGAUUUCACAAUUCUUACCCGUUUUGUGAUCAUGUUGGCUUUAAACAUAUGGGUAACAGUAACAGUACUGCACUACCGGAAGCCUGUUACCAAAGCUGAAUGAUGGAUGUAUUCCUUCCACACAGUGGACUUCAAAUAACUCAACCAGGGGAUGCACCGUUGCUUUCCAUUGCUACAUUUAAAGUCUUUUACUAGUCAAUCAUAUCAAAAACUUUAAAUCAGACUUGAAAAGCCUCCUAGCUGGAUAUGGAGGUGCAAACUUACAAUCCAGCACUUGGGAGUUUGAGGUAGCUUGUGCUACAUGGCAGACGGGACUCAGAGAAGAAAAAAGCCACUUGUUUAAAAUUGCCCGUUUUCUUGCCCUGCACCCAUAGGUUGUGGUAGGACUGAGAGAGAGAGAGAGAGAGAGAGAGAGAGAGAGAGAGAGAGAGAGAGAGAGAGAGAGAGAGAGAGAGAGAGAGAGAGAGAGAGAGAGGGUCUCACUAUGUAGCCCAAGCUACUCUUCAACUUGUGAUCCUCCUUCCUUCGUUUUCUGAGCAGCAAGAAUGCUGGAUACAGAGGGAACCGACCACACCUGGCUUGACACCCGCAAUGGUGGACGCUGCCCAAGAAACCAUUUUGACCCUUCAAAUCAUGACUAAGUUCUUUCAGAGUCUUAAAUAGUUUUCCCACAAGGAGUGGGGUCUGCUUAGUCACACCUGGGCAGUUUAACCCUUCCAUGACUAAGGGCUUGGCCUUGUAUGUAAUAAAGCAACUGUAACAUCCAUUCAAGGCAAGCAAGGCUAUCAGAGUGCUCCCACACUUCACAGUGUGCCUUAAGGAGUUCCAGACAGAGCCCUGAUCUCUGUUUAGGUGAGGAAAUCACAAUGGCCUUCCCAAUUUAAGCACAAUGCAGCUUUUUUUUUAAAGAAAGUGCUGUACCUCAGUUACAUUGCUGGAACUUAGUACAGGUUUUAGCUACUGCAAGGUAUGCAUUAAAAAGUGUUGCUAAGUCAUACCCAAUUCUUGAGGGAUUUUAUUCUUACUAAAGUAACAUAUCAUAAGCACUGUUCACAGUACUUCCUCCGAUGUUUUAUAAACCUGACACUUAAAAGUUAACUUUCUUAUAUGUGUAUGUCAUUAUUCUGCCAUACUGUAAGUAAUGAUGUUUACUGGAAAAUGCUUAGUUUCCUGUGUAAAACAGACUUUCAUUUGUUGAAUUCCACUGAUCUUAACUGUCAUGAAUUUUCAGUUAUGUAGGUAUAGUUCCUCAGUAAGCUAGCUAAUCUUGUUAGGACGAAUGUCCUCGACCCAGGAGAGAAAUUCUACAUCUAAACAUAAACCAUCCUAUUGUUAUUUCAACCAGUGUCAGAAAACAAAACCCAUGUUCAUCUCUUAUACACUGAUAAUCAGACCAUUAGUUUAAUAUAAAUUAUGGUCUUACCCCAACAAGUGUUUUAGGUAUAUUCAAACAGCACUUUUAUUUUACCACGGCUUACAGCACUUCUUUUAAAUAAAAAAAAGUCCCCUUUUGUAGGCCAAGCUGGCCUCAAACUCAGCUUUCUGCCUCCACCUGUUCAGCAAAUCCCACCUCUGGAGGGAACACCUGGGUGACUGUAGCCAUCUCACAUGCUCCACCAUAUUUCAAACUGACAGUCCCUGAAAGGCAGAUGCAGUCUCCAGAUGAGUUCAUCCACAGAAUACCCAACCUGAGACCAGAGGACGGCCAGUGCUUACCAAGGAAGCACCUUCUAGAAGAUGCCCACCACUCACUAUUUUCAGACAGAAAGGCACACUGUGUCCUCUACCCUCCCCACCUGAAACCAGAUAUGUGAGUCUGCAAGCCCAUAGUGACUCAGGGGCAGAAGUGUUCCUCUAUGAUGACAUCAUCCCACCUUCUAUCCGCACCCUUUAAAGAGACACAUUAAGAAGCUGCAGCGCUCCACAAUUACUGCACAGGAAAAGAUGCUUACAUCUUAGGUUCUUUUAUUUAUUUUUCUUAAACAAAAAGCAGGCAUAAAAAUACAAUUACAUUACUACAAAGAUGCAACAAAAUAAAAAUAAAUCAAGAGGGUA